AUGAUCGUAACCAGCCCCGCCGGUGACUCCGCCUUCACCAACCACGCCUACUGCUCGCCGUCCGAUCUGCCCACCUUGGCCGUCCCUCAAUCCGACCGCUGCUAUGCCACCGUCGGCGACAACUACGUCCUAUCUGUCAGCCCCCAAGAAGGCAUAGAGAGCCGUCACAUUGCUCUGAAUGCGACCCAACAAAACCAAGCUGGGGUUUCUGUCGGUGACAAGGUUUCUGUCGUCAAAUUUGUUCCGCCCGAGGAGCACUUUAACUUGGCACUGAUCAAGAUUGAGAUAGAGCUGUUGGGGAAGAGAACCAAAACUCGAGAAGUUGAUGCUGUUAAACUCGACAAGUUGCUUAGAAACAAGUACAUGUACCAGAUUAUGACGGUUGGACAAAAAGUAGCAUUCAAGUCUGAUGGAGGUCGUGAAUACGUUUUCACAGUCCAGCAAGCUGCAGUAGUAGAUCAGGGACGUCAAGAAAAGGCUGAUGCUGAUGAUCUUGAAAGAGGGAUGAUAUCAUCUGGGACAUACUUCAUCUUCGACACACCAAGGGGUUCAAAUGCACUAAAGAUAACAAACCAGCGUAAAAUCUUUACGCACAAGGAACUUGAUCUUCAAAAACUCGGCAUUGGUGGAUUAAAUGCCGAGUUUGAAAGUAUAUUUCGAAGAGCUUUUGCGUCCCGCGUAGUCCCUCAUCAUGUGGUAAAUAAAAUGGGGAUGAAACAUGUCAAGGGAAUGCUGCUUUAUGGACCACCUGGUACUGGAAAAACUCUGGUGGCUCGUCAAAUAGGGAAAAUUUUGAAUGGCAAAGCUCCAAAGAUUGUUAAUGGCCCUGAAUUGUUGGACUGUUACGUUGGCGAAAGUGAGAAGAAUGUUAGGGAGCUAUUUGCUGAUGCUGAACAGGAUCAAAUAGUUUAUGGGGAUGAAAGUGAUUUGCAUGUCAUAAUAUUUGACGAAAUUGAUGCUAUUUGUAAGAAAAGAUCAGGUUCCAGCCGUGAUAGUUCACGCAUUCAUGAUAAUAUUGUCAACACAUUACUUACCAAGAUGGAUGGAGUGGAGCCUCUGAAUAACAUUCUAAUAAUUGGAUUGACUAAUCGAAAGGAGUUGCUGGAUGAAGCCCUUUUGAGACCAGGACGCCUGGAAGUUCAAAUUCAGAUAGGCCUUCCUGAUAAAAAAGGCCGCUUAGAGAUUCUUCAAAUUCAUACAAAAAAGAUAGAGGAGAGCUCUUUUCUUGCUCCCGAUGUGAAUCUUCGAGACCUUGCUACUCGUGCAGAAAACUAUAGUGGUGCAGAACUUGAAGGUGUUGUUAGAAGUGCUUCGUCAUUUGCUUUGAAUAGACAACUGAGUCUGGACGAUCUUACCAAGCCAGUGGAUGAGGAGAAUAUUAAAGUUACCAUGGAUGAUUUUAGACACGCUCUUGAAGAAAUUAGACCUACUUAUGGAGCCUCAGCAGAGGAGCUUGAACGAUGCAGGUUAAAUGGCAUUUUGAAUUGUGGUGAUCGACAUAGGCAUGCUUAUGACAGAGCUAUGCUACUCGUGGAGCAAGUUAAAUCGAGUGAAGCAAGUCGUUCUCUUCUUCUCAAAUGCCUUCUAAAAGGCGCUAGUGGCACUGGCAAAUCGGCCUUGGCAGCUACCAUCGGCAUCAACAGCCGAUUUCCAUUUGUCAGGAUUAUUUCGGCUGAGUCCAUGAUUGGUCUUUAUGACGAAAGAGCAAAAUGUGAUCACCUCAAAAACAUCUUCGAAGAAGCUUACAAGUCACAAUUGAGCAUCAUUAUCUUGGACGACAUUGAGAGGUUGAUGGAGUUUAUUCCUAUCGGUCCAAGGUUUUCAACCAUGAUAUAUCAAACACUAUUGAGUCUUCUGAAGCGCCUUCCCCCAAAGGGGACCAAGCUUCUGGUGAUUGGAACAACCAGUGAAUUCGAAUUCUUGGAGUCAGUUGGCUUCUGCAACACAUUUUCUCACACUUACAAUGUCCCUACAUUAACUAGUGAGGAUGCAAAGAAGGUGUUAGAGCAGUUGAAAGUUGUUGCUGAUGAGGACAUUAACGCAGCUGCUGAUUCCCUGAAUGACAUGCCUAUCCAGAAGCUCUUUACCUUGAUUGAGACAGCAGGCCAAUGUGCCAAGCCUGGAAAAAAGAAAAUAAGUAUCACUGACUUGCGCAAUUGCCUUCGGGAUAUUGGGCGAUAG